GAGCAAUGCUCAAUCUUGUUUUGGUUGAUCCCAAAGGAUUGCCUUUUGGCCUUUUGCUAAGGUAGGCCUAGAAGGAAGUCGACCCUCUUGUCCCCCAUACCUUUAUAAAGAAGAUAGAAAGCACUCAAAUAAGAUGUGGGGUGAACAUCUUCACAAAUGCCCUGCCUGGCUCUGAGUCCUAAUUACAUCUUUUUGAGCUGGCUGUACAUGGAGAUGGGAUGGCACAGGGGAAAGUGAGGGGGAGUGAAGAUGUGUAGAGGUGCUAGAUACCUUAGCUAGUCAGUCAAGUGCCAUGAAUCAUUUACUAACAGCUGGUAAAUAGAUUCCAUGGGGACUGCUCUGUAUCUCAUAUGCAUCUUUCUGUGUAUAAUUUUAAGAUGAAGUUUAUUAAGUUAUUUUUUAAACUUCACUAUGUGAUCAUGAAAGUUAACUUCAGAUGUUUACUUCCAGAAUCAUUCUUACAGUCAUUCUUAUGGAAUGAAGAAGAGGUCUUCUGGUUCUCAUAAAGACCCACUGAGUGGCCUCUACUUUGACCAGAGAAACUAUAGCAGUCUUAGACAUAGCAAACCCACCUCUGCCUACUACACUCGGUCUUCUUCCCUGUGUAGUGACCCUCUGGCGACCUCAAAGAGUACCAGGGCCUCCUCUACUGCAAAUUCUGGUCUGCUGAGAAGUACCAGCCUGGUGUCAUUGUAUCAUGGUGGAUUAUAUAACCCUUAUGGGUCUCGAACUCCAUCUGAAUACAGUUAUUACUCAUCAAGAACAAGUUCGGCCCGAAGCAGUCCUGUGUUUACCAAUGAUGACACUGCAAGCAUUGCAUCUUCUGGUCGCGCCAGUCGUGGGCGAAGGGACAGUGUGGUUUCUACCGCUGAUUAUUUUAGUCGCUCCAAUCGUAGGGGGAGUGUAGUCUCAGAAGUGGAUGACGUCAGUAUCCCCGAUUUGACCAGCUUGGAUGAAAAAUCUGACAAACAGUAUGCUGAAAAUUACACAAGGCCUUCAUCUCGGAAUUCUGCCUCAGCAACAACCCCUCUGAGUGGAAACUCAUCCAGACGAGGGAGCGGAGACACCAGCAGCUUAGUAGAUCCAGACACCUCAUUAAGUGAAUUGCGGGAUAUCUAUGACCUUAAGGACCAGAUACAGGAUGUAGAAGGGAGAUACAUGCAAGGGCUUAAAGAACUAAAGGAGUCUUUAUCCGAAGUGGAAGAAAAAUACAAGAAAGCCAUGGUUUCCAACGCACAGUUAGACAAUGAGAAGAACAAUUUGAUCUACCAGGUAGACACCCUCAAGGAUGUUAUUGAAGAACAGGAGGAACAAAUGGCAGAAUUUUAUAGAGAAAAUGAAGAAAAAUCAAAGGAGUUAGAAAGGCAGAAACAUAUGUGUAGUGUGCUACAGCAUAAGAUGGAUGAACUUAAAGAAGGCCUUCGACAGAGAGAUGAGCUCAUUGAGGAGAAUCAGCGAAUGCAGCAGAAAAUAGACACCGUGACAAAAGAGGUGUUUGACCUCCAGGAGACACUUCUUUGGAAAGAUAAAAACAUUAGGGUAUGAAAUGAAAUUGGGCUUUGGUCUGAAGCUCAUCGAUGAGGAAUAGACCAAUAUAAUCUAAUUUAGAGAUUCCUAAAAAUCUGUCCUUUUGGUUAUUUUUGAGCAUUUAUACACUGAAAUGGGAAUAAGGAGAAGACAGAAAAAAACUUCCAGGGGAAAACUUGAUACUGUGCCUGGAAAGAACUCUUCUUGCUAGCAGCACUCUGGGCUUUGUGAAACCUACAAAGUAGGAACUUUCUAGGGAAGCUUAUUUCCCCAGGAUUCUCAUCCAGAAGCAGCCACAGGCAUUUAAUUCAAACUCUGUGGGUAACUUGAUAACCUUACACUGCAAGAAUUUUGGAUGAGAAGCAAGAGAACAGUGAGUGGGGGGUGGAGGACAAGUAAUUAGCAUCCCAUAAAUCCUUGGUGAAUAAAAUAGGAAGAGAUUAACAUCAAUUUAGUUACGGACGUGGAUAGGAAUGUAAGAUUUGCCAGAGUUGCCAAGCCAUGACGUCAUCUCUAAUUAUAACCCCAUGACUCCCCAAAGCGGGGGCCCAGAUAAGGAAAGUCUUCAGUGCUUUUUUCGCUAAACCCUUUAGGUAGAUUCCAAGUGCACAGGAGGCUGGAAAAAUUCCCACCAGUUAUCCUGUGUCACCCUUCGACACGCGCCCCAUCUCACGCUGUGAGCUCUCUGUUCCCUGUCCUGCACUGGGGGUGCCACGCAGCCAUAGCUGCCAGAGGCUUACCUUGUCUGGGAAGGGAUGGCGGAGGAGGCAGAGAGAAGGAAGGAAGCCCUUGUCCUGAGAACAUAGAAAGUUUUGUUCUGCUUGAGGUUAGGUGGCCUAGGGAAAAGUUGGCAGAGAUCCCCAAGAACACCUGUGAUAGACAUGCCUGGAUGAGCAGUCUUCUGGGUCAUACCCUUCAUUGUUGGGGGGAGGGGUUCUCG